UCUCUUCAUUUAUCUAUGGUGUAGGUUAUCAUUUGCCGGCAUUUAAGGAAUUAUAAGUAGAUAUUAAAAAAAAUCUUAUAAAGUAAAUAAACAAAUCUUUGUUAUAGCAUAACGAAAAACGUGGUUCGCAUUUAUUUAUAUAUAAUCAAACAUCGAAUUUCGAAGAAGACUUUGGCAAAGCUAUAAAAUAUCUCAAAAAAAUGUCUGCCGCUAUGCCAAUUAAUCCAAAGCCAUUUUUAAAUGGUAUGACAGGGAAGCCUGUCAUGGUAAAAUUGAAGUGGGGCCAUGAAUAUAAAGGAUUUUUAGUUUCUGUCGAUGGAUACAUGAAUAUUCAAUUGGCAAAUGCAGAAGAACAUAUAGAUGGUCAAUCAACAGGUAGUUUGGGAGAAAUUUUAAUCCGAUGCAACAAUGUUCUUUAUGUGAGAGGCAUUGAAGAAGAAGAUGAAGAAGGGGAGAUGAAGGAUUGAUUUUUAAGCUAUUUUAUUGUAUUUUUAAGAUUAUCUAG